AUGGCGGAAUGUGGGAGGAAGGCGCUGUCUGUCCUGGAGGCGGCUCGCUCACGCUACGAGAGCUUGCAGAUCUCAGAUGAUGUUUUUGGGGAAUCGGGAGAUGACAGCAGCGACAAUCCCUUUUACAGCACUUCGGGUGACUCGAAUUCGGAUAACUGCUGCAUGGAGGCCGGCGACGAUCAAAGGUCAGGUGAGACUGUGAAUUGUCAAAGCGGAGGUCCACCCGGGUCCGUCUCAAUAACUCAAGCAGAAGAGGAUGGAUGGAGCGACACCCUGCAAGAUAUCACGGUGGCCCCAUACAACGAGACAUAUGGCCCUACCCAGAGAAUGCCAGCCACAGCCACUUGCAUGGACUUCUUCCAGCUCUUUGUGCCCGACAACGCCAUCCAGAACAUGGUGACGCAGACCAACAUGUACGCCAAGAAGUACCAGGAGCGCUUCGGCAGCGACGAGGGCUGGCGGAACGUGACGGCGGCCGAGAUGAAGGCCUUCCUGGGCUUUGUGACUUCCACCAGCGUUCACCGCUGUGAGUCAGUGCUCAGCAUCUGGAGCAGUGGCUUCUUUAGCAACCGCAGCAUCGCACUCAAGAUGAGCCAGGCGCGCUUCGAGAAGAUUCUCAAGUACUUCCACAUCGUGGCCUUCCGCUCCAGCCACGGCAGCCAUGGCCUCUACAAGAUCCAGCCCUUCCUGGACUCACUGCAGCAGUCGUUCGGCUGCAGCACCUUCCGCCCCUCACAGACUCAGGUGCUCCAUGAGCCCCUUAUUGACGAGGACCCGGUGUUCAUCACCACCUGUACGGAGAGAGAGCUGAGGAAGAGGAAAAAGAGGAAGUUCAGUCUGUGGGUCCGCCAGUGCACAUCCACUGGUUUCAUCUGUCAGAUCUAUGUGCAUCUGAAGGAGGGCCAGGGUCCUGAUGGGUUGGCCACCCUGAAGAACAAGCCUCAGCUCCACAGUAUGGUGGCCAAGCAGCUGUGUCAGAACCUCUCUGGCCGCAACAGCAUCAUCUUCACCGGGCCCAGCAUCACCAGCCUCAACCUGUACCAGGAGUUUGAGAAACAGGAGAUCUACUGCUGUGGGCUGCUGAGCACCAGGAAGAGUGACUGCACCGGCCUGCCCCAGUGCAUGCUGGUGAACCCUGAGAGCCCACAGCAGAGAGGCCAGUCCCGCAGCAUGAUGAGAGGCAACACCUCCCUCAUCAGCUGGUAUAACAAGGGACACUUCUGCUUCCUUACCAACGCCUAUUCACCUACCAAGGAAGGGAUGAUCAUCAAGAGGAAAAGUGGUGAGAUUCCCUGUCCGCUGGCUGUGGAGGCCUUCGCUGCACACCUCAGCUACAUCUGCAAGUAUGACGACAAGUACAGCAAGUAUUUCAUCUUCCACAAGCCCAACAAGACGUGGCAGCAGGUGUUCUGGCUGACCAUCAGCAUCGCCAUAAACAACGCCUAUAUCCUGUACAAGAUGUCUGAUGCCUACCACGUCAAGCGCUAUAGCCGAGCGCAGUUUGGAGAGAGACUGGUGAGGGAGCUGCUGGACUUAGAUGACUGCUCCCCCACCCAGUGAGGAGACCACGUAAUCUUUAUAAUAUACACCCACAUACACACUGUCACGUCUCACACGUACCCACACACACACAC